UGUCUCUGUUCACGUCUGUUCAGGUAAAGCAGAUGGAUCCAAGCACAGGACACGGUUACCAUGGAAACGACCUCUUCAGCAUCCUCAGCAGCAGCAGCAGCAGCAGCGAGAGGGAGGUGCUGACGCUGAACGUGCUGUUGCUAGGCGACAGACAGAGUGGGAGGAGCUCUGUGGGGAACGCUCUGAUUGGUGGACAGGAAUUCCAAACGGGUACCUGUGUUUCUGGCGUUUCCAUGACAACGGAGUGCCAGCUCCUCAGACGAAAUUUCCCGGGGUAUUUCCGGAGGCAGGGGGCGGAGUCCGACCUCACGCUGAGGGUGAUAGACACGCCCCCUCCGAUGCCCCGCCCACAGAGCGUGCACGAGCUUUGUCCCGAGGGCGUGCACGUGGUGGUGCUCGUACUGAGAGCCGACCUGCCGCACCUGAACACACACCUGGAGGAACGCCUGGAGACCCUCUUCGGUCCAGAGUGGCGUCUCCACACCUUGCUCGUCCUCACACACGCUGACCACCUGAAGGAGGCGGAGCUUCAACCAGCGGUCUACUUAACCCAGGCCACUGAUUCGCUGAGAGCUCUGGCCGAGGAGGUAGUGGGCGGGGUCUUAUUCUUGGACAACAGCUGUGAUUGGCCGUCGAUCAGAGGGCGACCGCUGAGAGAUCGGCUGCUCCGCCUCUCGGCCAGGAACCAUCACACAGCUCUGACGGUCAGGACGGAGGUCUCACUUUGA